AUGGCGACGAACGAAAUGGUACAAGAUGUUUUAGCGGUAAUGGAAAUGAACAAUGUAGCAAUUUCGAGUGCUUUUCCCAAAGAUUCAAACUCCAUGGGCGGGAAGCGUGUGGGAGUUGAUACGAGUUUGCAACCGAAGAAUAAGCGUGCUAAGACAAGUUUUGUGGGCGGAGAUGAUGAUCGGAUAAGUCAGUUGCCAGACGACAUUCUUAUUGAUAUACUUUCUUUGCUACCGCUCAUGGAAGCAGGACGCACUAGUGUUCUUUCGUCUCGUUGGAUGAACCUGUGGAAACACACCCGGCGUCUCAACUUCGAUGCGGACCGUGCAUUGAACAGAGUAGCUCCGAUGUACUUUGACUGGGAGAAGUUACUCGACAGUGAGACACCCAAGUAUAUGAAAUGGGUGGACUCUGUUCUCCAAUCACACAAAUCACCCAACUUAAAAGAAUUCGAAAUAAGUUUUCACUUCAACAAAUCGCACACGAAUUCAGUCACUCGGUGGCUUAAAUUCGCAUUUGCCAGACAAGUUCAGAGCUUGAAGUUGGAUCUUGGAACGAGUAGCUGUUUUUAUUGUUUCCCCGAAAAGCUCCUCGCACCUAAACCGCAAACCCCUUCACACAACUUUAAAUCUCUCAAAGAAUUGUGUUUUAAAAGUGUUCGUUUGACUGAAAGAGUUAUCGACUUCUUUUUAGUUAACUGCCCGUUACUCGAAAGAUUGGAUGUCCAUCUUACGGAUAAUAUAUCAAAUCUUGAAGUUACAGUGGGCAAGGCAGACUUGCUGAUUGAGAAUGUUCCGAUGCUAGUUGAGCUGUUUGUUGGUUCUGUUGAAUCGCCUAUGUAUGUUAAACGUAUGCUUUCUAAGUUUUCUGUUUGCAUUUCACAAUUGGAGAUUCUUCGCUUGGAUCUGGACAGCCUAAAGGAUACAAAGGAUAUCCCGGAAAUGCCUAAACUGAAGAAGUUGAUUGUUGUAUAUUGUGGUGAUAAAAGUCUUGUUUGGCUGACUGCUUUGAUAAGGGCAUCUCCUUGUUUGGAGGAAUUUGAUUUGCACUAUGGGCAGUUUAAAUGGUAUCAACUUCCGAGGGAAUAUAGACCAGCGAAGAAUCCUAUAAGGAUUCCCCACCAUCGCCUUAACGUGUUCAAGUUUUCUGGGUAUUACGGUAGCAAAAAUGAUGAUGAAUUACUUGGCUACAUUUUGGAGAAUUGCGUUGUGCUCGAGAAAGUAAUUGUCGAUCCCCGUGGUGGUCGUGCACCUCAGUACAAGAUAUUGGACGUGGAACGCAGUGCGAGGAAUAAGGCAAAGGAAAAGCUUCAACCAUGCGUACCUCACCACGUUGAAUUGGUUAUUCUAGAUCGUGGACGUAGAGAGCAUAGAUGAUAAGUUUUAAAUAAAUCUAGAUCGUAGACGUAGAGAGCAUAGAUGAUAAGUUUUAAAUAAAGUACGUAACAGUUACAUUGUCUGUUUCUUUUUCUUUUAUGAAUGAUGGAUACGAGGACAUACUUCUUGCCACAUGUUUCUGUUAGAGGAAAAUGGUAUAAGAAGGUGAUCGUCGGUAGUCUUCUUUUCGCGUUACUGUUGAAUUCUAUUGAAAUAAAAUUUAAUAUUGCAGGAAA